AUGGCUUCUGCUACUCGGUCAUUGGCACGGUCCACUCGAAUCCUGUGCCAAAGGGGCUCAGGAUGGAUUCAGACACGCCAAUUCUCAGUUUCUCCAUACAGAUUUGUCUCCGAAGACCCGGUGAUCCCUCCUCCGCCGAGAGACUUGAAGCCAGAGGACUUCCCGCCAAUGCCCGAAUACUCCCCCGACCUCCUCACUAAGGAAGACCGCUCUAUGUAUGAUAUGAUGUCCCCGGAGGAACGAGCAGCUUUCGACUCCGAGAACCGCCGCAUUGUUGCCGACUUCAACAACAUUGCUAAGCGCACCGCCGCGUUUGCAGAGCUGGAGAAGAGGGUCAACCAGAUCGACAAGGAGGAGGAUAUCAGAUUCGAGGAUAUCCGAUCCAAGGCGCGCGGUUUCUGGGCCGAGGAUGAAGACGACGAAUUCGCCCUGGUUGAAGACGGUGACGAGGAAAUUAACGACGAUGAAAUUACUUCAAUGGCCCAUGCCGAGAUGGAGGUGCAUCGUGAAAUGAGAGAGUACGCUCGCAUUGCGGCGUGGGAUAUGCCGAUGCUCAGCAAGCUCGCAAGCCCCUUCACCCUGCCCCCGCAAAACCACAUUCUGCGCUUCCGUUACACUACCUACAUGGGUGAACAGCACCCCGCUGAACCAAAGGUAGUCGUAGAGCUUGCCACUCAGGACUUGACACCUAAGCACUUGACCGAAGCCCAGCGUCAAACCUUCCUCAAACUGGCUGGCACCCGCUACAACCCCCAAACCGACAUUGUGCGCAUGUCAUGCGAACAGUUCAGCUCGCGCGCCCAGAACAAGCGCUACCUGGCUGAUCUUGUCAACUCCCUCAUCAAGGAGGCCAAGACCGGCGACUCCUUUGCCGAUAUCCCUCUAGACCUUCGCCACCACAAGCCCAAGGGCCGCCCUCAAUUCCCUGACUCCUGGAAGAUGACUGAGGAGCGUCGGAGACAGCUCGCCGCUCGCCGGGCAGAGCGCUACAAUGCUGAGAAGCAGCGUGAGGCUAUUGUGGAUGGUAACCAGAUCGUUGGACAUGCUGUUCUUUCCCUCCCCGAAUUCAACCCCGCGCUGAAGGCCAAGGCCGAUGCAGAACGGGAGCGUGUUGCUGUUCACGUUGGUGGUCGUGCGAAGAAGCCGGCUCGUCGGUGA